UGUUAUCUAUUAAUAUUUGUUGUGUGCAAAACUAUCACGUGGAAAGUUCAAUAUCUUGCUGGUUCAAUAAUAGCCGAACAGUUUAUCUGUAUAUUCGGCAUACAUCUAUUUUUCGCCACAGCUAAUCGACAAUUUCAAAAACCAAGUUUCAGAUUUAUGUCCAUAUUGGCCGAACAGCAUCAACAUUUCAAUCGUCACAUUGAUCUGGCAAAUCGAUUGAAGAUUAUUCACUAUGGACAAAAUUUUCAUUCAAAAAAUAAAUAUGGUUUCACAUAUGGAAAACUUGAACUUAUUUCGAUGAAUGAAUUUGUCAAGUAUUCGCUGCUAUAUUCUCAGUUAUUCAUGUUCCUCUAUAUUCACAUUGUUUUGCGAAGAUCAUAAAGUCAACUU